AUGUCAGCCAGCGCUUCCCACUGGCGCAGCUACCUGGGGGCAAUAGUGUCCCACGAGAGGCAGCGGCUGGGGAAAAAAAAGACCCUGCUGGAGGAUGUCCAUGCCAGGGACCCCCGCUUCCUUGUGGACUACGCCAGGAACCUGGAAGCCUUCGAGUUUGCUCUCUGCACUUCCGAGGAUGCUGUCACCGUGGAGGUCCCCCUGAGGAUCGACGGCGAUGCCCUGCGGGUGCUGGCAUGCUGGCCCGGGGACACCCCAGCCGGGCACUGCCUGGGGCUGGGCACCUUCUGUCUGGAAGUGCCCUCUCCAGGGACUGACUUGGAGGACUGGACCAGCGCCGUGGGUGUAAUGGAGCAAGGAGGUAUGGGGUGCCUGGUUCCAGGCAAAGUCCUCCAGCACCUGAAAGAGCUCCUUGUUUCAGCCAUCGUGCGCUGCCAACGCCUCUUCCUGUUCCAGCCAGGUGACCUCAGCGCCAAAAAUCUGCAGGAAGAUGCCAUGGAGCUUUCCCUGCUGAUCCGUGGAGGCUGGAAGACCGUCCGCUUUGACAUUGUCCCUGUGGUGAGGAGGCGACAGGAGCCGCUCUGGCUCAAGGGGCGGCAGAAGGACAGGGGCUUCCCCGAAGGCAGCCUCCGGAGGGCCACCGAAGAGGCCCACUUUGUCCCUGCCUCUGUGCAUCACUGGAGAUCCUCCACUCACCUCCCCAUCCUGAAGCUACUCCGGGCAGUGGACACACUGAAAGGACACCGUCUGGACAGCCUUCGCCUGCUCAACCAGCUCCGCAGCCAGGACUGGGGGGAGGAGGGUGGGAAAGCUGGUCUCACCUUCAACCACCUGAAGAUGGUGCUGCUGUGGAGCACGGAACUCUUCCCCUGCCCAGAGGACUGGCAGGACCUGGCGGGGUCCGCCCACCGGGCACUGGGGGAGAUCCUCCUCCGUUGCCUGGCCACCCGGCACCUGCCCCACUUCCUGCACCUGGAGGAGAACCUCUUUGGAGGAGACGCCCCGGACUUCGCCUCCCUCUACCGUAAGGUGGAGAGCUUCGCCCGGGACCCUCGAUGCUUCCUCCACUUUCAUUUUGGCCUCCUUGCACGCACUGACGGCUGGCAGACAGACCCUGGCACCCAGGCCCUCCUGCAGCUCCCCACGGAGGACAGGUCCUACUGGGACACAGCCUACUUUGACAUCCUGCUUAGCCAGUUCCAGGUGUACCGGAUCCAGGACAGCACACGCCACUCAGCAAUGUCCCAGCUCCUCUCCAAGAUCCAGCGAGAAAUCCCCCAGCAAAGCUGA